UCCCGGGAUCUGUUCUCGCGAGAAUACGGCGAGAGGCUCCAGUUCGCUGGCUCUGGAACUGCGACCACUGGAGCCUGAGCGGCCGCUGCAGCUGGAGCGGGUGACCAGUCGCGCAACUCGCCGUCGGCCUAGUCCGGGAGCUGGUGCAGCGAGACUGCAACAGGCGCAGCUUUGAGCCUCAGAGCGUGCUCCUGCCCUUAGUUGGGCUUGCCUGGGUAUCUGAGGCGCAUCCAGCCGCUGCAGCUGACAGGGGCCGCGCGCCGGCGCGCGGGAGUCUGCGGGGUCUCGAGCCACACCUGCGCGGGCGGCCAGCGCCGGGUCCCCGCCCGCGCGGGCGGGCAACGAGGGCCGGGGAGAGGGUGCGGGUGCAGGCGGGGGCCCAGCAGGGCCACCUCCUCACCCCGCGGCCGCCGCUGGAAAAUGUCUCAAGAGAGGCCCACGUUCUAUCGGCAGGAGCUGAACAAGACAAUCUGGGAGGUGCCUGAGCGUUAUCAGAACCUGUCCCCGGUGGGCUCCGGUGCCUAUGGCUCCGUGUGUGCUGCUUUUGACACAAAAACUGGGUUACGUGUGGCAGUGAAGAAGCUGUCCAGACCAUUUCAGUCCAUCAUUCAUGCCAAAAGGACCUACAGAGAGCUGCGGUUACUUAAACACAUGAAACAUGAAAAUGUGAUUGGUCUAUUGGAUGUGUUUACACCUGCAAGAUCUCUGGAGGAAUUUAAUGAUGUGUAUCUGGUGACCCAUCUCAUGGGGGCAGAUCUGAACAACAUAGUAAAGUGUCAGAAGCUUACGGAUGACCACGUUCAAUUCCUUAUCUACCAAAUUCUCCGAGGUCUAAAGUAUAUUCAUUCAGCUGAUAUAAUUCACAGGGACCUAAAACCUAGUAAUCUAGCUGUGAAUGAAGACUGUGAGCUGAAGAUUCUGGAUUUUGGACUAGCUCGACAUACUGAUGAUGAAAUGACAGGCUACGUGGCUACAAGGUGGUACAGGGCUCCUGAGAUCAUGUUGAACUGGAUGCAUUACAACCAGACAGUGGAUAUAUGGUCAGUGGGAUGCAUAAUGGCGGAGCUGUUAACUGGAAGAACAUUGUUUCCUGGUACAGACCAUAUUGAUCAGUUGAAGCUCAUUUUAAGACUCGUUGGAACCCCAGGGGCUGAGCUUUUGAAGAAAAUCUCCUCAGAGUCUGCAAGAAACUAUAUUCAGUCUUUGACCCAGAUGCCCAAGAUGAACUUUGCAAAUGUAUUUAUUGGUGCCAAUCCCCUGGCUGUCGACUUGCUGGAGAAGAUGCUUGUAUUGGACUCAGAUAAGAGAAUUACUGCAGCCCAAGCCCUUGCACACGCCUACUUUGCUCAGUAUCAUGAUCCUGAUGAUGAACCAGUGGCCGAUCCUUACGAUCAGUCUUUUGAAAGCAGGGACCUCCUAAUAGAUGAGUGGAAAAGCCUGACCUAUGAUGAAGUCAUCAGCUUUGUGCCGCCGCCCCUUGACCAAGAAGAGAUGGAGUCCUGAGCGCCUGGUUUCUGUUGUUGAUCCCACUUCACUGUGAGGGGAAGGCCUUUUCACGGGAACUCUCCAAAUAUCAUUCAAGUGCCUCUUGUUGCAAAGAUUUCCUCCAUGGUGGAAGGGGUGCGUGUGUGUGCGUGCAGCGUGCAUGUGUGUGUGUGUUAAUGUGUGUGCAUGUGCGUGUCUGUCUUUGUGGAAGAGUAACAUAAUCUGAGCAAACUAUGAUCACAGUGACUUUACAUGGAGUUGUGGAUGCUCCGAGGCAGCCUCUGCCUGUUCUUUCUGAAUGUCGGCUCAGGUAGAUAAGAGCUGCCAUCUUGUUAAGGAUAUGUUAAAUGCAAGGGAAAAAAAAAAUUUAAAUGUCCCCUAUUCUGGUCAUGCUUUUGCCACUUUGGCCUCUCCUGUGGCCCCACCUUGAUGGUAGGGGGGUAGACUAGAUCACACACCACAGUGACACAGAAAGAAGGCUCACACCUUCUGGCUGCCCCCCAGCGACGCAGACAGCCAAAAAGGACCAACUGGCUGCCAUGCACCAGCCUGUGAGUAACUUGCUUAGUAUGGGCCUCAGAACUUGAGAGAAUACGUCUGAAACUGUAAAUAUGUUUGUGCCUUAAGAGGAGAGAAGAAAGUGUAGUUGGUUAAAAGACCGCAGCUGCUGAAGUUCUGAGCCAGGCAAGUAGACAGGGCUGUGAGCCCGGAGUAACCAGGCAGCUUCUGAGGCGGCCACGUGUGCGCAUGCAUAUAUGUGCUUUUCUUUCUCACUGACCCCCAGGUGUUGUUGCCAUUUCUCUGCUCACCCCUCACCUUUUGUGCAGAGGUCUCUUGAGUAUUGGCCCCAGCAGUCAGAUGCAAGUUCCUGCUCUCGGUGCGCUUCCUGUGUGCUCUUUAUUUCUAGCAGAGUGAGGAUGUGUUUUGCACGUCUCGCUGUUUGAGCAUGCACAGCUGCUUGUCCCGUUCUCUUCAGGAGGCCCUGGGCCAGGCAAGUCUGCCGGUGAAGAUCUGUUUGGGUAGUCAAGCCCUGUGUCACCUUAGCUGAUGCUAUGAAAGUGACUUCAUCCUCUCUUCGGCCCCCAGCGCUAUUUUGUGUUGAACACAAUUGAUACUCCAGGUGCUCUUGAUGUAAAAACCAUGGGAAAAGAAGUGGAAUAGAUGGAUGUAUAGCAUUUUCAGUCUUGCCGUCUGAUUUUCAACAGACUUUUGGGGAACUAUCAUGGACAAGACGAGGGCUUUUCCCAGGAAUAUCCCAAACUUUGAAAAAUUAGUUGUUCUCUUUACUCCCAAUAGCCAGUGCUGAAAAUCAAAGCGAAAAAUAAAAGCUCAUGAGGCCAGGAACUCCUUUUGCUAUCUUUCUCUAAACAUGUUUAUUAAAAAAAAUAAAAUAGUCACAAGGUGUCUUUUCCACCCCUCUAUGGAAAAGGGUCUUCUAGGCAGCUUAACAUUGAUUAAUUUCUUGAUCUUGGUUUGGGGAGAAAUAAAUUUUGUUUCAGAAUUUUGUAUUUUGCAGGAAUCCUUUGAGAAUGUGAUUCCUUUUGAUGGGGGAGAAAGGGCAAAUUAUUUUGAUAUUUUGUAUUUUCACCUUUAUAAAGAUGAAAUAUCCUCAGGGGUGGAGAAGAAUUGUUUUCAUAAUUUUCUGAAUUUCAGGCAUUUUGUGCUACACAAGGGCCCGUGUAUUUAAGCUUUCUGUGUGAUAAGGAAGUGAAAAGCUAAUUCUAGCGUUGGCUAUGUGACAAAUCUUGUAUUUAGGCCAAGGUGUCUCCAUUCUCUAUUUGUGCAGUGAUAUACGUGCUCCACAGGGACAGGGUAGAGCCCCUGAGUCAACUGGAGCCAGAAGGAAGGAGCAGGCUGAUGGUGAGUCCACCUCACCUGGGAUUCUGCUCCCUUUAAAGGAAAGUGAACAUCUCCUUUAUAUGUAGUUCAAAUCCUCACCAUCUGCAGCAAGAUGAAUUUCAUCAGCCAUGUUUGGUUAUAAUGCUAGUGUGAUUUCCUACAGAAAUACUGCUCUGAAUAUUUUAUUUAAAAAAACAAAAAGGGGGGGGGGUUUGCACAUGUGACCACAUACGUGUUAGGAAGCUGAGUGCUCCUGGAGCCUGGACUCUGACUGGAGCCGGUGGAAGAGCUCCUGGAAUUCUGAGCAAGAUGCUCCCAUCUCCUGAUUUCUCUAAACAGAAGACAAAAGAGACAGAGGGAAACUGCUAUUUUAUCUGUGUUCAUAAACUCAGCUGUAAUCAUUUAUGCCAUAUAGGAUGUCAGGUAACACCACUGGUAAAAAUAAAGCCUAUUUUUCAAAUUCA